CAAGCUCAGUACAAACGGGUACAAACCCAGUACAAAGGAUCAAAUGAGUUUAUUUUGCGAAAAACCAUCACCUGGUGGCUAUCUACAUGCGAAUGGCUUGGCAAGAGUCAAAAUACAUAUAUGAAUGGCGUGAUGUGUAAUUAUGGAGCAGAGUUGGCUCGACCUCGAGAUUUUUAAACAAUUGAUCUCUGCAUAUUUUUAGUUUCUGUCUUCUGCAUCGCGAGUUUACUUCCGAAACGAAAAAAAUCUUUUCUUUUAAUUUACUUCAAGAGCAGUUUGGAGUGAAGGAUUCGCUGUGAUUUGGAAAAUUGCAAUAUCUCAAUAGGGAAUGAUUCAAUUUGUUAAUAGGAGUGGUGCAUAACUCAUUAUGUCAACUGUGUCCAGUGUCUUUUGUGAUGAUUGAGUAAAAAUGAAACCCAAAAUGCCGCCUUUCAGGAGAAAAAAAUCUGGCAAAUCAUUCCCGGUUAAAGUUUGCACUUUGGAUGCUGAAUUGGAAUUUAAUCUUGAGUGGAGAGCAACAGGACGAGAUCUAUUCGAUUUGGUCUGUCGAACAAUUGGACUCAGGGAGACUUGGUAUUUUGGACUGCAGUACGAAGAUGCCAAGGGGUUCAUAUCUUGGCUGAAACUUGAUAAAAAGGUUCAAGACCAGGGAAUUUCCCAGCAACCAACUACUCCCUUCAUGUUCCUCGCGAAAUUUUAUCCAGAAGACGUGGCUGAAGAACUAGUCCAGGAAGUGACGCAACACUUGUUUUUCCUUCAAGUGAAACAAGCCAUUUUGUCAAUGGAUAUUUACUGUCCACCAGAGGCUUCAGUUUUACUAGCUUCCUACGCUGUUCAAGCAAAGUAUGGAGACUACGAUGAGGUCUCCUAUCGACCUGGAAUGCUGGCGAGUGAGGAUUUACUGCCCCAGAGAGUCAUUGACCAGUAUCAGAUGACUCCUGAGAUGUGGGAGGAUCGUAUAAAAAUUUGGUACGCUGACCACCGCGGAAUGUCCAGGGAUGAGGCUGAAAUGGAGUAUCUCAAGAUCGCUCAGGAUCUUGACAUGUAUGGAGUCAAUUAUUUUCCAAUUAGCAAUAAGAAAGAAACUGAUCUCUGGCUGGGCGUCACUGCGUUGGGCCUGAACAUCUAUGAGAAGGAGAACAAGUUGGCGCCAAAGACAACAUUCACAUGGUCGGAGAUACGUCACAUUAGUUUUGAUGACAAAAAAUUUGUUAUUAAACCGGUGGACAAAUCAUCGCCCAAUUUUGUAUUCUUCUCCCUGAAAGUGCGGAUGAAUAAACUGGUAAAAAAACAAUCUGAUGUUGGAAGAUGGGUGAUGGGAUUGGUAGCUAUAGGGUUGAAAGACCAUGACAAUGAAAAAGCUGCACAAUUGUUAUUUGUUAAGAUUCUGGACCUGUGCAUUGGGAACCAUGAUUUAUUUAUGAGGAGGAGGAAACCGGAUUCCAUGGAGGUCCAGCAGAUGAAAGCACAAGCCAAAGAGGAAAAAUCGAGGAGGCAAAUAGAGAGGAAUAAAUUGGCGAGGGAGAAGCAGUUGCGUGAGGCUGCAGAGAGGGAAAAAGCUGCCAUGGAGCAGCGUCUCCUGCAGUAUCAAGAAGAAAUUCGUCUUGCGAAUGAAGCUCUCAGGAGAUCGGAAGAAACUGCAGACCUCCUUGCAGAGAAGAGUCGCGUAGCGGAGGAGGAGGCCAUGCUGCUCAGCCAGAAAGCCUCGGAAGCAGAACAAGAAAUCACUCGAAUAAGACUAAACAAUAUGAAAACUGAAGAGGAGAAAGUACAUUUGGAGAGGAAAACGAGGGAAGCUGAAUUACUGACUGAGAGAUUGGUGCAGGAGUCUGAGAGGCGUGCAGCUGAGGCGGAAAAGCUCAAGGAUGAGCUUCUCAGGGCGAGAAUCGCCGAAAAAGAGGCAAAGGAGAAAUUACUAGAGUUCCUUAGCAGAAAUGCAUACACAGCUGCAAUAACGCCGGUGCCAAAUCUGUUCCCCUCAACCCAAGUGCUUCCCUCAGACCUCCAGGCAGAUCUCCAGACCCUUCAACUAGACGCAGACCCUCUCCCCUCUGAUCUCACGUCGUAUGAUUUAAUCGCUGAUGGUGACGUCGAUCAGUUGUCCCUCGAGAUCGAGAAAGAACGUGUGGAUUAUUGGGAGAAGAGCAAACACCUCCAGGAGCAGCUGAGGGAGUUGCGUUCGGAGAUCGAAGUAAUGAAAGUGGGGGAGAAACAGUGUGAAUUGGACCAACUGCAUGAUGAGCAAGUCAGAAUGGGUGAAAAUAAAUACAGUACAUUGAAAAAAGUCAAAUCAGGAUCGACUAAAGCCAGAGUUGCCUUCUUCGAGGAGCUCUAGGCUUUUGUACAAUCGUUAACAUUUUCUCAUCAACUAUUUUCGUAAAUAUCGUGUACAUACUGCAGACCCGAUGGCUCAAAAAGAAUUAUAGAGGUGCUUAUCACAAUCUUUCGUUCGUUGAAUUAACAAUUUAUUUCCAUUUAUCUCUUUCGUUGUUUAAUGGUGAAUUUUUUGUGUAUAAAAUCAGCUAGUAAAAUUGACAGACCUUAAUGCUCGACAUCAGACAUUACGUGUAAUUAAUCAUCAGUGUAAAUUAGCUUUAUGAGAUAGUUAUUUUAAUAAUUCGAAAUACUUUUGCCAUAUAGGACUUCCAUUGUGCACAGUAUUUACAGCGAAUGUCCUAGAGAAUAGAUUUAUUUUUUAUGAAAAUAUAGUGAAUGUUGAUUUUUCGAUCUUUCGUGUGAUCUAGUACGUAUCAAUUAUCCACGACAAAAAUGGCAAUUAUUAUUAAGUGCCUUAUUGACUGUAAGUGCUUGGAGACAAAAUGUGGGAAUACUGACGAUGAAAAUUCGUGUUCGCACAAAUACAUUUCGCACAAUUUAUGAAAAAACAAAUAUGUACUGAAAUACUUGUUUAAAAUAAAACGUAUUAUUUUGAUAGUAUA